CACCAAUCAUUGGAAUAAUAAAUAUUAGUAAAUAUGAAUACAUUAGAGAAGGGCCCAGUAAAGCUCCUCCAGGUCAGCAAGCUGUCUAGUUUCCAUGAAGAACCCAGUUUGAGUGGAUUUUCUCAAAAUGAUAUGAAAAAUACCCUCUUUUUCUUUGAAAAUUUAGAAUUAUUACUAGGAAAGAAGCUCAGACAAAUUCACGAAUCGGGAUAUAUUGUUGGGAAAUUCACUCCGAGAAAUAUUGAAAAUUUAAUAAGUUAUCGGUUAUAAUCGAUUCAACACUUGGGCUACUCGAGCUAACCAAGAUUGGGACGAAAAUUAGUCAUGAAGCUCAUUAUAAAGAUGACAUUUUGUACACGAGCUUAAAUUAUGAUGCACAUGGAACUGCUACAAUUCGGGACGAUUUAGAAUCAAUUUGUUAUUUACUAAUCUACUGAAUUAAUAAAACUUUGCCCUGGUGACCAGAUCAAUCUGAGAGCAUGGCCAAUGUAGCCUCAGCAUCAGAGAUAAAAUCGCUGUGCAACAACAAUGAGCUAUGUUAUGGACUCCCUUCGGAGAUCUAUAGAUAUUUGAAAUAUAUAAAACGUACCGGACCAAAUUUUGAGCUUGACUAUUCUAAAUUAUGAGAGUUCUUAAGUGGAAUGUACAAGCAUAUAUCAUUCAAAGAUUUUCUCUUUAAGAGUAGCUCUAAGAAGCCCAAGAGGAUUGAUGACUCAUGCAAGUUCAAGAGCAGAGAGAUCAUUUCAUUCAGUUCAGAGCAUUCGAUGAACUCCUUCGCAGGCCGGAUGCUCAACAUUAGUAAUAAACUUAGUAAUAACUCUUCAAGUAAUGCUUGACCGCGAUUGAAACCUAAAAGGAAGAGGUAUGAUGGAAAUUAUGUCAGAAAGAGGUACCAAGGAAGUCAGAUUACAGCGACCAAAGGGUCCUCUACAUGAAAAUAAUUUAGGAAAGAGUCCAAUAACUCCAAAGGAGUUCAUUGGACUAUCAAUCUAUCAGGUUUCAUCUAAGAAUCCAAGAGAAUUUUCAAAAAUGAGUGGAUCAAUGUCUCAUGAAUGGAAGAACAAAUCCUUGAGAUAUGGAAUCGGAAGCCGGCUCCAACUCAAGGACUUGAGGAUAUCCUCCGUCAUCUCUCGAAGGAGUAAGUGUCAAUCCAUUAAUGAGAAAGUUGAGGACAUUGAUGACCUCACUGCUUUAUCUGCAGAAUGAGUCACAGUUGGUCGGAUCAAUAUUUCUAAUCCCAACAAGAGUGUUUUCCAAAACUAGGGCUGAACAUCUAUAUUUUACUACCAUUUCAAUACUUA